GAGCCGUGGGUGGGGUAAGGCGGGUUGCAGCACGGGCAGCGGAGAGGGUGAGUGGCUGAGGGGCGUGAUGGGAGAGGCGGCCGUGGCGGCGGAGCCUUGCCCGCUGCGCGAGGACAGCUUCACGCGCUUCUCGUCGCAGAGCAAUGUGUACGGGCUGGCAGGAGGUGCCGGCGGGCGCGGGGAGCUGCUGGCCGCCACCCUUAAAGGCAAGGUACUCGGCUUCCGCUACCAAGACCUCCGACAGAAAAUCCGGCCGGUGGCCAAGGAGCUGCAGUUCAACUAUAUCCCCGUGGACGCAGAGAUCGUCUCCAUCGACACCUUCAACAAGUCGCCCCCAAAGCGGGGCCUGGUUGUGGGGAUCACCUUCAUCAAGGAUUCAGGGGACAAGGGCAGCCCCUUCCUUAACAUUUACUGCGACUACGAGCCUGGCUCUGAGUACAACCUUGACUCCAUUGCCCAGAGCUGCCUGAACCUGGAGCUCCAGUUCACUCCUUUCCAGCUGUGCCACGCAGAGGUUCAGGUCGGGGAUCAACUGGAGACUGUGUUUCUCCUGAGUGGGAAUGACCCGGCCAUUCAUCUCUACAAGGAGAACGAGGGGCUCCAUCAGUUUGAGGAACAGCCCGUGGAAAACCUCUUCCCAGAGCUCACAAACCUGACCAGUAGUGUCCUCUGGCUUGAUGUCCACAACCUCCCUGGCACAUCCCGGCGCCUCUCAGCUCUGGGCUGUCAGAGUGGUUAUGUCCGUGUUGCCCACGUGGACCAGCAGAGUCGAGAGGUUUUGCAGAUGUGGACGGUCCUGCAGGAUGGCCCCAUCUCCCGAGUGAUCGUGUUCAGCCUCUCAGCCCCCGAGGAGACCAAGGACAGGCCCCGGCGGGAAGAGUACAGCGUGCUCGUGGCCAGCAUGUUGGAGCCAGCAGUGGUGUAUCGGGACCUGCUGCACCGGGGCCUCGAGGACCAGCUUCUCCUGCCUGGCAGUGACCAGUUUGACAGCGUCCUCUGUGGCCUGGUCACUGAUGUGGAUUUGGAUGGGCGGCCAGAAGUCCUGGUGGCCACCUACGGACAGGAAUUGCUCUGUUACAAGUACUGGGGCCCGGAGUCUGGGCUCCUCGAGGCUGAGUGUGGGUUCCGCCUGCUGUGGCAGCGGAGCUUCUCCAGUCCCCUGCUGGCCAUGGCACACGUGGACCUGACCGGGGACGGGCUGCAGGAGCUCGCCGUGGUCUCCCUGAAGGGCGUGCACAUCCUGCAGCACAGCCUGAUCCAGGCCUCGGAGCUGGUCCUGACCCGGCUUCGGCAUCAAGUGGAGCAGAGGAGACAUCGGCCACAAGGGCUGGGGGAUGGGGGUGGUUCGGGGCCUGCUGAGAACCCGGCCUCUUGAGCACCCACCCACCCAGCCACUCUUCCCAGACCCGGGGCAGUUCAUGGGGUCCCCACCUCUAGCUGCUGAUGGGGGGUGUCCUGAAGGAGACGAUGCUCUCCCCAGACCACCGCCCCCACCCCCAGUGUGGUGGAGCUGCGAGUUCCUGCCCUGGCUUUGCCCCAGUGUGCCCUGUGACCCUGGCUAACCCCUUCCUCUCUCUGUGCCCGGAUGUCCCUCUUGGAAAACAGGGUUGAUCCCUUGAUCCCACCCAACUCUCUCCACUCCCCGUGAGAAUUCAUCAGCUGAUGAUUAUUUAUAUGUCCAGAGGAACAAAGCC